UUCAGUCUUCAUUCCUCAUCAGUCAAACAAUUCAAAAACAAAAGAACAUGAAAUCUUGUUGAAGAACAGAACAAUUGCCAAAAUAAAAAUGUCAAAUUUCUCAACAAUCACUCACCAACAACUAUCCGAGUUAUCUCAACCAAUACAAGAACUUCUUUCAACAACACCUUACAAUCCUCCAGAAUCCAGCGAUGUUUCAAUCAAAUCUCUCCUCCAAUCCCUUCUCCCAUCUAAAACCCCCAAUUCCAGCAACAUUCUCCCUCAAAUUAGGGAUUUCUCUCUCUGUUGCGCAUUGCUGUCCUCUUCAAACCCUUCAACUUCACCUCUUCUAAACUGGAUUCCUCAACAUCUCUCUACAGCCGCGGAGUCGGCUUUUCGAGGUCUUUCCAAAGCCGUUUAUGGAGGUUCUGAUGCCGGUUUGAGUUCGGAGAAGAGAUUGGUUGUUGAAUUGAUCCCUGAGGUUCUCCCUUUGAUUAAGAAUGCGAUCAAGGAGAGCUCCGUUGGUAGUGACGAGAUUUCCGCUGCUUCUUCUAGGGUUCCACUUGCGUACGCCGUUGUUGCUGCUUAUCAGCUUAGGUGGUUUGUUUCACAGGUUGAGUAUCCACAUUUAGGGGAAUUAUGUGGUUUGAUAAUUCCAUGCGGGCUGACAGCUCUUGAUCACUGGUCUUCUGAAGUGAAAGGGCAGGGAAUGAUCACAUUUGUACAUAUAGCAAAAAAUAUUAAAACUGCUGAGCUCGGUGGAUAUGGAGAUGUGAUUCUCGAUGCUUGUUGUCAAAAUAUUGUUUCUGAUGAUGAGAUAUGGCAUCUUGCUGUGGAGAUGUCAGUACGUCUUGUAACUUGUUUGCAGAAAAAUAAUCCUCGUAGCCCCUGGUUUGAUAGGCUUUUAAAUGAGAUGAUAGGUCAUUUGGAGCGCCAACCUAGGGACAAAAGGCGUCGUAUUGCUUGGCUGAAACUUGUUGAACCUCUGUUCUGCUGUGUUGGUCUUGUUUUGCUAGCUCACUUCAAACGUUUGUUUCCCCUUUACUUCCAAUGGAUACACGCUGAUGAUGAUGAAACCGUUUUGUUGGUUCUUGAAAGUAUCCGUAUAACUGUGAAGUUAACAUGGAUAAGGAGAAGUCCAUUCACUGUUAGGUUAGUGGAUGAAUUGGUCAUUCUAUACAAGGAGGCUGCUUUGAAAACUGCUCGGGAGGAGAUACGAAUAUGUAUCUGUCAGAUAUUAAUCCUGCUUCAGCAAUGCAAAGGGCGGCAAUUUGAAGAGACUUGGGAAAAACACAAGGAUGACCCAAAUUUGGGGACUCUUGUUCAGUCCAUUGCAACAAAUGCCACCCCAGUCGUUUUGUGAACAUGAUUUUGCCUAUCAGCUGCAUGAAGUGUUGAUCAGAAAACAAUGUACUCUGUAAUACAGAGGCUCACUUGGCAUAUAAGGCUUCUAACAUUGGGUUCCUUGGAGAGGUUGGCAUAUGAGUCACCCGGGCUUUGCAAUAUGAAGAGGCUUCUUUAGAUCAAAUAGGAGACUUCGUUCAGGAUAUGCUUAUACCGAGUCUCACACUUCUGUAUCAUCUUCAUAGAUGAUUAGAAUUUAGAAUUACUAAUUACGGAGUACUUGGUAAAUUUUGUAGGAGACAUGUUCAUUGGCUUUAGCUGCUUACUGCCCUCAACUUUUAAGUUUGCUACAAUUCCGCACAACAAUAUAAUUUGUAUAGUGGUGUCAAGCGGUCCACUGCGGUUUAUUUAUAAACUGCCCCUCUUAAUCACUUCAACCCA